AUGAGCUUCGAAACUCUAGCAAAACCAGCUCAACCAGGAAAACGUGCGACUAGGUUGCCUUUGACCUUUCCGCAAUUAUCAAAUACCCAACAGCAUGGUAGCGAAGAAGGUUCCUCAACCUCACAUGUCCAGCAUUCCAAAGUGGCCGCCGUAGUGUCACAUGGAGUAUCAGAGAAGACGCCCAACGCGAUAUCCCAAUUGCGGGAAGAACGAAAGCAUAACGACGAUAAAUCUUUCCUGCGAUUCGAAUACCCAUCUCAGUAUUACUUGAUAUUAUGGGAGAUCGACCAAGCUGGUAAAUCCUGGCUAGGCUUAAGAAACUGUGAGGGGUAUCCAUCCAAAGUGAUAAUUAAGAAACAGUCUACCCAACAAACGGCUACCGAAAUGAAACGUCUGUCAUCCACUCAUAACGAAAAUUUGGUUAAUCUGGUCGGGGCAUUCCUUCAUCAACAACUGGCAUAUCUUGUUUAUUCCUAUCAUCCAUUUGCGAUCGACCUAGGUGUUGCUUGUGCGACACCGGAUGUCCAUUUUGGCGAAACAGACAUUGCCACUGUUUGCAGGAGUGUUUUAAAGGGCUUACAUUAUAUUCAUGCCAACCUCCGUAUUAGCCAUGGGGAUGUCAUCCUUAAAAAUAUUCUUCUGUCUGAAGAUGGUGGUGUUCGUAUUGCCAAUAUUGGAAGCAGCCUUUUACAAAAUCAUGGGCUCAGACACAAAAGGACAGAUCUUGAGAAUGUAGGGCUGAUGGUUAUUCAUUUGAAGGAGCCGGCGACGAUUCUAGAAGACGGGAGACUUCACCUUUUCAAUCCGCAAAACAUUUCGGAUUCUGGGAAGCACUUUGUAGAGGAAACCCAUUCGGCCCCUUGCCAUGUCUUGCUGAAGCACGAGUAUCUGUCCCUCGCGACUCCAGACGGUGAGUCCUGGAGUUUGGCGCCUAUUUACUAUGACGCAGUACGCUAUUCACCGUGCACGCCCCGGAAGAUUAGAGAAUAUGAAGUCGAGAUUUGA